AUGACAUCUUCAACAGCAGAUGCUCAUGAGGCUGGAGGACCUUUUGGUGUAGCCACAGCCCAACAGUCUCACGUCGUCGACCUGGACAAGAUCGACCGCAGCUCCGUCGCCACGAGCUUGGACAUCAGCACUAUCGGGCCUCACGCCCCUCACCAUGCCUCCUCCUCCCUCGCUGGGCGCUCCUCUGGCAAUCAGCUCAGCCUGGACGAUGUCGCUCCAGUGGACCUCUGUAUCUGUGACCUCAGCGUGACCGUAGACACCUCCCCGUCUAUCUUCGAACCAGAGACAUACGCCGACCUCAUCAAGGCGAGGCUGAGGGGGCCGAGGUCUGGGUCUGGGUCUGAAUCUGGAUCUGGACCAGCCGCGCCGUCGUCCUAUAUCAAACCUCUUCUCACAUCCGUGUCUGCCUCUCUCGCGCCUGGCACCCUGACGGCCAUUCUCGGCGGCUCUGGAUCGGGCAAAACAACCCUGCUCAACACCGUCUCUUCGCGCAUCUCUUCAUCCCGCCUCAGCCAGUCUGGUCGGGUUCUCUUCAACUCACAACCUGGUAUCGACACCAUCCGGUCCGCGUACGUCACCCAGACAGAUGUUCUGCUCCCGGCCCUGACCGCCAGAGAGACGCUCCAGUACUCGGCAGACCUUCGACUGCCGCCAGGGUCUGCUUCUGAGGACCGCGUGCGCAUGGUCGAGGAGGUCAUCAUGGAACUUGGGCUUAAGGAGGCCGCAGACACUCGGGUGGGAGACACUACCCACCGCGGUCUCUCGGGUGGCGAGAAGCGUCGUGUGAGCAUAGGUGUGCAGAUGCUCGCGAACCCGAGCGUGUUGUUCCUGGACGAGCCGACUACGGGGUUGGAUGCCAGCAGUGCGUUCCAGCUCGUCAGGACGUUAAAGAACUUGGCUGCGAAGGGGAGGACAGUGGUGGUGACGAUUCACCAGCCGAGGUCCGAGAUCUGGGGUUUGUUUGAUAACCUAAUCUUGCUAUCACGGGGCUCACCGGUGUACUCUGGUCCCAUGGCUGGUUCUCUCCCGUGGUUCGAGUCGCUGGGCUUUGAGGCUCCUGCAUUCGUCAACCCGGCUGAGCAUUUGAUCGAUCUCGCCGCAGUGGACAACCGCAGUCCGGACCUGGAAGCCGAGACCAUGGCCAGGGUGCAGAGGCUGAAGGUGGCAUGGUCUGAAGAGAGCGCGAGAAGGUUCCCCCCUGCAGACGACAUACCCGCUGCAAAUGAAAAUGAGCGGUCGUUGCCGCGCAGGACGAACAAACACGCAACUCCAUUCGCCCGCCAGGUCCAAGUCAUGACGUCGAGGACGCUGAAGACGACAUAUCGCGACCCGAUGGGUAUGCUCGCAGCCAUCAUGCAGGCUGUCAUCAUGGGCCUCUGCACAGGGUACAUCUUCUUCGACCUGGGCCGAGGCCAGGCUGGCAUUCGCUCACGGCAAGGCUUCAUGUACACCACUGCCGCACUGGAGGGAUACCUGUUCCUCGUCUUCGAGGUGUACCGCCUCACGAUUGACAUGCCCGUCUUCGACCGUGAACACAGCGAAGGCUGUGCCACCGCCCUGCCCUUCCUGCUCUCCCGGAGGAUUGCUCGCUUCGUGACGGAGGACCUGCCCGUUCCCAUCAUCUACUCUGUCAUCAGCUACUGGAUGGCUGGCCUGAAUCGUGACCCGGGCAGGUUCAUGACCUACUUUGGCAUCACGCUGAUCAACCAGUAUAUUGCUGUUACGUGUGCCAUGUGCUGUGUCACGGCCAGCAGACACUUUGCAGGGGCUAGCCUGGUCGCAAAUCUGGCUUAUACAUUACAGUCAUUUGCAUGCGGUUUCUUCAUCCAGAGUGACACGAUCGCCAUCUGGCUGCGCUGGAUCAAAUACUUGACCUAUACGUACUACGUCUUUGGUGCUCUCUGUAACAAUGAGUUCCGUGGUUCGUUCUACGACUGUCCCUACCCAGGCGGUGAAUCCGAUCCUGAAUGUGUUUCCUAUACUGGCACCUAUAUCCUCGAGUCCCUCGGCUUCUCGAGAAGAUGGCUGGUUACCCCGAUUGUCGUGAGCGCUUCUUUCGUGGCCUUCUUUUAUAUCUUGUCCUGGAUUGGUCUCACCUUCAUCAAGAAGGAGAUGACCAUCGCUCGGGCCCGCGCUGCUGAGAACGACCUCUCUGCCGGCAAGGAAAAAAUGGCGGCCCGGUCGAUCGAGGAGGUCCGCACCAUCGACGUUGGGCUCGAUCAGUUCGCCCUGGCUCUGGACAAGAGGUCGCCCUGGGGCAAGAAGCUGCCAAGGAAGACCAUCCUCAACCCGGUGACGGCCACGUUCGAGGCAGGCAAGCUGAACGUUAUUAUGGGACCUAGUGGAAGCGGCAAGACCUCUCUCCUCAACGCCAUGGCCCUACGACUCCACAAUAACAUCAGCACACGGUAUCGUCCCUCCGGCAGGAUGAUGUUCAACAGUGCUGAGCCCUCUGCCUCAGUGAUCCGGUCUGUCUGCUCGUACGUCUGCCAGGACGAUGAUGCCCUCCUCCCGUCUCUCACAGUCCGCGAGACCCUCCGCUUCGCCGCCGGCCUGCGUUUGCCGGGCUUCAUGACCAAGGCCCAGAAACACGCACGCGCAGAGGACGUCCUGCUCAAGAUGGGCCUCAAGGACUGCGCCGACAACCUCAUCGGUAACGAACUGGUCAAGGGCAUCUCAGGCGGCGAGAAGCGCCGCGUGACCAUCGCCGUGCAGAUCCUCACGGACCCUCGCAUCCUGCUCCUCGACGAGCCGACCAGCGGGCUCGACGCGUUCACCGCCAGCUCCAUCAUGGAGGUGCUGCGGGGCCUCGCCGCCGAGGGGCGCACCCUCAUCCUGACCAUCCACCAGGCGCGCUCUGACCUGUUUGGCCACUUUGGCAACGUGCUGCUGCUGGCCAGAGGCGGCAGGCCGGUGUACAGUGGUGCGGCAGACCACAUGCUGACCUACUUUGGUAGAUUGGGGCGGGAUUGUCCUCGCAAUACCAACCCGGCCGACUUCGUGAUGGAUCUGAUCACUGUGGACCUGCAGGAGCAGAAGAGGGAAGAGGAGACGAGGAAGACUGUGGACAGUCUUGUAGACACCUGGAACAAACACCCUCGUCGGAGGUCCAGUGGUAAGGCUCACCUCUCGACGCCAGCUGAGCUGGGCGCCCUGGUCCGGCACCGCACCUCCUUCAGGACAUCCUUCCCCCUUCUCAUGCACCGGGCCUUUGUCAACUUCCGCCGGCAGCCCCCUCUGCUCCUCGCCCGCCUCAUGCAGGUCAUUGGCCUGGCCGUGGUCAUGACGCUCUUCUUCGCGCCGCUGGGCCACGACUACGCGUCCAUCCAGAACCGGGUCGGGUUCGUGCAGCAGGUCGGCGCCUUCUACUUUGUCGGCAUGCUGCAGAACGUCGCUGUCUACCCAGCCGAGCGCGACGUCUUCUACCGCGAGGACGACGACGGCGUCUACGCGGCCGAGAGCUUCCUGGCCACGUACUCGCUGCUCGAGCUCCCUUUCGAGGUCAUCAGCUGCCUCAUGUACGGGGUGCUCGCCGACCUGGCCGUCGGCUUCCCGCGCACCCCAGAGAUGUUCUUCGUCUGCGUCUUCACCUGCUUCGGCAUCGUGCACUGCGGCGAGAGCCUGGGCAUCAUGUUCAACACCCUCUUCAGCGACCACACCGGUUUCGCCGUCACCCUGACCAGCAUCAUCCUCUCCAUCGGCAACAUCAUGGAGGGCAUCAUGAGCAUCCACAUGCCCGCCCUCUUCAACGCCUUCAACUACCUCAGCCCACUCCGCUACGCCGUCCGCGCCCUGGGCCCCGUCAGCCUGCGCGGCCAGACGUUUACCUGUGGGAGUGGCGGCGACGACAGCGGGUGUCUCGUCACCACGGGCGAGGAGGUCCUGCAGCUGUACGGGCUGGACGUGGACCCCGUGGUCAACAUCGCCGCGCUGGCGGGGACAGUUGUUGCGUAUCGUCUGGUUGCGUAUCUGCUGCUGAGACUGAGAGGCCGUCGUGUGCCGUCGUCGUCGUCGAAGUAGGCCCCGGCGUGUAUUCAUGUCAUGCUAUGUAAAAAUAAAAUCAUGAUACCUAU